UGACUCAGAGGCAGCUCACACACACGAACUUGCGCACAGACCGUGGAAAAAUAGGGGCAGAAGAUGGCUGACUUAACAGGGCAACGCAAGCCCUCAACGGCAUCACCAACUUCACCCGGGCUGUUCCCCAGCUUGACAUUAGCCGUUGGGCAACUUUAAAGCGGCCCCGCCUCGCACUUAUCCAGUCUACCCCUGCCGCAAAUAUUGACAGAGCCAUUAUAAAAAAUGGCAGAGAUGGAAAAAGAGGGCAGACCCCCCGAAAAUAAAAGAAGCAGAAAACCGGCUCACCCCGUGAAAAGGGAAAUCAACGAAGAAAUGAAGGUUCGGGCUGAGCGGGCCCACCCAUGGGCAGGCAAGGCGGGUGAUCUCCAUGGCAACCCGCCCUACUCCAUGAGUUUUGCGGAGAACACCAUGAAUGAGCUGCUGGGCUGGUAUGGCUAUGACAAGGUAGACCUGAGAGACAACAUCGACAUACGGAACUACCCAGAUGGAGAGGCACAACAACACAUCUCUGUCCUGAAAGAAAACUCUCUGCCAAAACUCCCAGGAGGAUCGGGGGAGAACAGUGAUGUAUCCCCAAACCAAGCCAAUAGCUCCCACUCUACACCGACAUCGAGGAACGGAGUGACAGAGUCCUCCACCACCCCUUCCACCUCCACACCCAGCACCAGGGAGCAUGGGAACAUUCCCAUCAUAGUUCCACUGAUCCUACCCCCCAUGAUCAAGCCACCAGCAGACGAGGAUGUGUCUAACGUCCAGAUCAUGUGCGCGUGGUGUCAGAAGGUUGGCGUCAAACGCUAUUCCCUCAACAUGGGCACUGAGCUGAAGAGCUUUUGCAGUGAGAAGUGCUUUGCCGCCUGCCGCAGAGCCUACUUCAAGAGAAACAAGCUUGGAUAUGUAAGGAAUUACAGUGCGAGAGACGAAGACGGCCGUGGUGAGAAAUUACCCCAGCACAGCUAUUCUAAGGAUACGCCCAGGCUUGUCUUCAAGACAAACAGCGAUGUGCUUGUGUGUGACUGGUGCAAACACAUCCGCCACACCAAGGAGUACCUGGACUUUGGUGCUGGUGAACGGAGGCUGCAGUUCUGCAGUGCCAAAUGCCUGAACCAGUACAAGAUGGACAUAUUUUACAAAGAGACUCAGGCGGCGCUGCCAGGGGGCCUGUGUAACCCAGGACACGGCCCUGUGGAGGGCAAGUCGGAGAGCAGCACCGGGGCGCAGCUCCUCACCCCCGAGUCCUGGGGCACGCCCUUGGGUGACUUACGCCGCAAAGCGCCUUCCCCUGGGGGAAACCCCUCUGUGCCAGUCCCCUCCAGCUCCACCGCUGCCUCUCCCUCUGAGACAGGCACUGUCUGCUCCCCUUCCUCCUCGUUAGCCAAAAACCCCACGCCCAGACCCCACGAGAGCCCCACCUUACCCCCUCCCACACACCCCUCUCUGCACCCUCCCAUGGGAGUCCCCUUGGGUAGCCCCCCCAUGGUGAUGACACCCCAGGGGCCCGUGCCCCUGCCCUUCUUCAUGGAGCACCAGAUGAUGCAGCAGAUGCGUCCGCCUUUCCUCCGCCCACCUCCCCACGCCCCAGGCCCCAACAGCCCCCUUUCCAACCCCAUGAUCCCUGGCAUCGGACCACCACCACCACCGCCCAGAACCCUGGGUCCCCCAUCCAGCCCUAUGCACAGGACACAGUUCUCACCCCACCACCACCCCUCCAACAACCCCAACCUGGGAGGGAACCCCCCAGGAAUGAUGCCACCCCAUCCAGGCCUACAUAUACCCGGUUUUCCCUUCCCCUCCAACAUGAUGCCAAACGGGCCCAUGCUUAUGCCACCCAUGAUGAACUUUGGUAUGCCUUCCCUCGCCCCCCUGGUGCCCCCGCCAACCCUGCUGGUCCCUUACCCUGUCAUCGUGCCCCUGCCGGUGCCCAUCCCUAUCCCCAUACCCUUCCCCUUCAACCCUAAGACCUCCAAGGACAAACCCAGCAACAACAACGACCCCAUUCCCUGUGCAUCAGGGGAGGACCCCAGGCCCUUCUCCCCUAGUUCCUCCAGAGGGGAACACAAGUUUGGGCCCUCCAGUUCCGGGGUGCACUCCCCGGGCUUCUCUGGCUACGCUCUGGCCCGCUUUGGCUCUGAGAGGAGUAGGACUGACAUAGUGGACCUGACUGUGAAGACUGAGAGUCCGGGGAGUGCCUCCACCGCGGCCUCCCUCCCCGAGGGCGUGAUCGACCUGACUCUGGGCCGGCGGUCGCGGUUGCAGCAGGUCAUCCAGCGGGUGGUGCCCAGUGUCCUGGUGAAGGUGGAACCAGAAGGGGACUCAUCCCGCCCCCCACCUUCUGGACCAUCCCCUCUGGAUGCCUCUGGGCAGAGGAAGGGGGACAGCAGCCUAGAGGACAUGAGCCAGGAGGUCAGGGAGGCCAUUAGUGACUCUCUGGAGCCAAGCUUCCUGCCUUGUCGCCAGGCCACAUCACCAUCCCCCCAGCCAAAUCAAAACUCCUACACCAACCAGCUCACAAAUCACCCUGGCACCCCACGGACUCAGCCCUGCAGCCCACCUGCCCCCUGUGAUGUCAUAGUAAACGGCAGCAGUCAACCCACAGACGGCCCCAGCCGGAGCACGCUACCCACACCUCUGUCUGACCCUGGCCAGAGAGGAGGAGGAGGCGGUGGCGAGCCGGCCAACUGCGAGCUGGAGCGGGAGACGCUGAAGGAGAACAGCUGCUUGGUGCCAGAGUGGGAACCAGGUAAGAGGGGCCCAAGUGAGGAGGCAGUGCAGGGGGGCACUGGGGAAGGCACGCUGGAAGCCAACGGCGACCUUAUGGAUCUGGACGAUGAUGACGACCACGCCUAUGCACUGCUGCUGCCCAAGGCUGGCUGUGUCAUCCAGCCCCUGCCAAAGCCCAGCGACAAGACGGCCAUCGUGUCCUGCAGCAUCAGCGCUCCCCUGGCGGCAGGGGCAGGGAGCCCCGAGCUGGAGCCGCAGCUAAAGAGGAGGUGCCUGCGAAUACGCAAUCAGAACAAAUGAGGCAGAAAAGCUCAGACAGAUGGCAGUAACUCCCCAACAGAAUGAGGUACGCUGUUGAAGCUCUUGACAACACUAGCCUUCCCCCAUCCGCCCCUCACUCCUUCACUCCACAAACCUCUCUCCCAGCCAACUAGCACUCAAAAUUCUAGCCUUGUCACCCUAAUCUUAACCACUCGGCACAGGCUGAACCCAAUAACCCCUGGACCAGUGGAUGUGGGACUUUGAGGCAUUCACCUUUAACCCAGUCAGACCAGACAUGUUAUUUUCUCUUGAGACACAUUCCUUUAGCCCACACUGCCCCUCUCUCCCUUCCUUCCAAAGCAAAUGCUCUAUCAGACCUCUGCUGUCAGACUGAUAAGCCACAUUGCUAAGCCAAUAGGUUUACCAGCAGUUUUGUGUUCGCUGGAAGAGGCCUAAGGUAGCAUUUUUAGCCAGUCUGUUCCAAAGUGAAAGGUGUAGCAUUGUUAUGUGGCAAGAAAUUCAGGCUAAAGUCAUCCCCACCCGCCCCCCUCCUUUGCAUGAUCACAACCAGCACAAAAUGCUAACCUCCAACCCCCAUCCCACCAUUGAUGGUGACAGGAUAUUUGUUUUGAACUGGUAACCAAAAAGAGACAUCUCAUGAUGGAAGGUAACAAUCAGAGGGAGACAUUUUCUGAGCCUGAGGAAUAAUAACAAGGAAAAAGAGGAGCGGUGAAAUCCUUGUGCUCUGACUGUAGCACUCUCCAUUCCUGGAGAUGCCAGGGGCAAAACCUUUCUCUUGUGGAGCAGUGGGGAUAUCUCCACAAUAAAAGAAGACCUUGUCACCAUUGAACUGCUCAUCUUCAGUGGGUUUCAUGGUCAUAAAAUACAAGAAUAUUCAAGUUUAUCCUCACACUGAUUUGUGGACAACAGGGUAGAGACCUCACCAGCAAACGACGGUGGGUAACUGUGGACAAUGUGCAAUCUCUGCCAUAGUGGAGGAUAUUUUGCUUCUCUGCAAGCCCCUGGUCAGACAAAAUCAGAUGUGUAAUUCUAAUUCUAAUCAUCACGGCUGUAUUUACAUUUUUCAUACUGUAAUGAUAUUGAUGAUAAUGAUAUAUCAUCAGCCAAAUCUCUGAUGUGUACAGUAAUGUUAUGGUAAUGGGGUGACUUUCAUCAUGGAAGCAAAAAUAUGACUGCUGCUUAUCACACCACAAAGGGAUUGCGUCAAUCGAGAGUUGAGACCACAGCCAUUAGCAUUGUUUCGUCACUAGUGCUCAGGGUCGUAAUGUUGCACUAGGAUUUAACAUUGACAAGGGAAGCUGGCUCUCUUAACAUUUUAUUGUCAGUCAUAGAUAAUUCUCUGGAAACACUGGUCCAAACGUACUCUAGAACUAUUUGUAAAGUCAAACUACUGAAACAAAUUAAUCAAUUCUUUAAUCAGUCACAGAUGUUGUCAUAUUUACAUUACGAUAUGGGGAAUCAUCUCACUUCCCUGUCCGUCACCCUGUUCAAAAUGUUGUCAUUUGCAAGUGUUAAUCUGUCUGCAUUAUAACAUUUUGGCAGUGUUUAUUUUCCUUCAUCAGAGUUUAUAUUGCCUGUAGACACUAACGUUCUUGCCAUCUAUUUAUUUGCUAUGUUUUGGUGUCAUGCUAUGGCUUCAUGGGAGAUCUCAAUUAUUUGCUCAAUUAUCUUAUUACAAAAAUGGGAGAGUUACACACAUAAGCAUACACACACGUGUGCAUUUGCAGACGCACACACACACAGUAACGACUCGCCACUCUCCAUGAUGUACUCUCUCACACACGCACAUACACUAAUUUAAAUGAAGUUUAGAGAUUAAUUCUCUCUCCAUCCAUGUAUUGUUCCAACUGCUCUAUCUUGACUUCCUCCCUGAUGACAGUAGUGUUUGCCAGUGUCUGUGUAUGCCAAGCAGGUGGAACCAGAGACCAAUGUUCCGAUUAGAGACUGUUGACUCAGAGUAAGCACUGCAACACAAUCUGCCGCGUGUUGAUAGUCAGGCAUUUAGGCUUCGCCUGUCCCGUGCCAAGACUAGGAUUCUGUGUCACAGUAAUUAUUUCCUUGAAUUUCCAGUCUUACAUUUUAUAUAUAUAUAUAUCUUAAAUAAAUACAUUUCUAGACUCGGCAACCUAGCCUUUUGCAGUCAUCCUACUGCACACUCAAAGAGUAGCAGUUAAUUUACAAACAAUUCACUUUUGCAUUGACUAAUCCUCAAUGAUUUCAACCAGAAUUAGAGAUCACAUAAGAAACAGAGAUAAUGAGGAAUAAUUUCCAUUCAUUCAUUCACUUUUACUUGACCUCACCACCAUAUGUAACGCGAACCAGAGAUACUUGGACAAAUAUAGCCUUGAAACUGGAAACUUUUAGUGUCUGCGGUUCUUGAAAUUUGUGGAAGACAGUUGAAACUGAGACAAUGAAACAGGUCGGGCUUCUGUCUGACAGCAGAAAUGUGUGUGUGGGUCUGUGUGUGCAUGCGUGUGUUCAACUGAUCUCAGCCGACAGACCAUUGCUGUCGUUGUCUGUUGGACUGGGGGCAUCUCAGUAAAAAAUAACUGUGUGAAGCUAAGAAUUGCCACUAGGUGUCAGGGUAGAUAUUCUUUGCUGCCAACACAGUGGAACUGAAAAUACUCACAAUUAUGAUUUUUUCAAGCAGAGCCGCCUUCCAGCUCUUCCACAGACAUUUGACGCAUAGUGGCCCUGACGCAUAGUCCUCCUCACACUAACACACCGACAACACCACACACACCUUACUAUCGCCUUCAUCGUUGUGACCGAAAGGCCAAUUCACCCCUCCAGUGUCAGCAUCGUCAGUCUUGCAAAUGUUACUUACAGGAAUGAAGUGGAAAUAACUUCAUCUGUCUAUUUCAUCGGGGAGAGAUGAGGAAUAAAAGCGAAAAUCCAGCACCCAUUUAAUGGAAUAAAACAGGCUAGGUCAACAGCCUAAGAUAUGCAAUGACAACUUCCUAUUCAAGAUCUUGAUAGAGAGUAGAAAUACUAAACUAAACAAAAACAUGACAUUUCUCAUGUCACUUUUCAAACGUGAACAGAAAAUCUGCCUUAACUCUCACUUGUGUACUCUACAGUGCAGAUGAUGAUGCUCGCUUGUAAGACUCCCCACUUUGUACAAAAUAAAAUGGACAAAAAACUAAUUUGUUAUGUUGCUAGUGUUGAUGUGUAGAUGAUCAGCUUUUCUGUGACUUGUAUAAACCCAACCCUCACAUUUUGCUAAAGGACCCUUAUUCCUACAGCACCAACAACUCGUACUUGUCCCAAACAUCCUCCUUCCCCUUCUAUGUUUUAUCUAGUGGUGAAUUCUCAACCUUUGUGUACAUUUUAUAGUAUUAUUUAAUUAAAGUGAAGAAAACUGCAAGAAAUUGAUAUAACUGUUGUCUUUUUAUUAUGAAGUUGUUACUAUAACUUGUUGCCUAGAUUGCUUUGAAAAUAAUCAUUUUGUGCUGUAACAGUAUUUGCUUUAUUCAGUGAAUUGCUUAUGGAGACUAAUAAAUAGAGGCACACACCAA